AUGAAUGCGGGGCUUUUGUGGCAAUCUUUCAUUCAGCAGCUGGAGAAAAUCGACUUUGAAGGAAAAAUACGUCUUUUACGGCGUUAUCCUCGACGGAGAUUAGCGCUUAUCGCAGCUUUAGUUAUAUUUUUAUUUUACGUCCUCUCAAGAUCUUCGAGCUCAACGACCCCAUCGCAGAAUCAUCAAUGCGUUUUAGACCAAAUUAAGUAUUGGGAUGCCGAGAUUGAGGUAGCUUGCUUAUUAUUACUUUUGGAAAUGGUUCAAUUUGAGGAUUACAAUGCUGGAGUUGACAGUUAUUCUGUGAAUUUUGUUGGAAAUGGUCAUUUCGGCGUGGAUUCAAAUGGAUAUUUGAGGUUUUCAUGUUUCAUGAUUUAAAAAAAAAUUGAUUUUAGGUUUGCCUCGAAUAACUCUCGAGUGUUAGAUGUGGAGACGGACUUCGUUCCUGGGGUUUCUUCUGUAAUUGAAAAUCAAGAAGAAAUCGGUACCGCUCAUUUAACCGAUUUUUUCAAUGGUAUCUCCAGGAAAAUCCAAUGCACGGUCGUUGUGAGUUUACUCUAAAAUUAACUUUCUUUUCAAAGAUUAAUUGAGAUUUCGUAAUCGAUAGUUAUCGUUGGUGAAUGGAAAGGGAUUUCGGUUUUUUCAGGACGGGGAAUGCGCUUGCGUUAUCGUGUCAUUCUAUGCCCAUAGAACGAGGCCAAAUGUGCUUGUGCAAGACAUCAAAGUCGUCAAUCCAACGGUAAAUUUUCUCAUUUCACUCGAAAUCUUAAUCUCGUUUCUUUAACUGCUAUCCUAGAAAAUAUUUUCCAGAAGUAGCAGUUUUUUUUAACAACCUUCCAAACUCUACAAAAAAACUGAUUUCACCGAUUUGGCCCUCAGAAGUUUUUUUCGGAAAUUAAUAGAAAAUUUUUCUGAAGAUUUGCACUUGAGAUAUUGGAAUUUUUUUGAUCUGCAAAUCUUCAUUUUUUUGAGGAGUAGAAAAUUAAAAAUCAUGAAAAGCCGUUUGAGAGAUUUUUUUCCGAAAAAGUUUGAGUCUCUUUUUUUCAAAUACUAGGAAGUUGUGCGAAUUGAGACUUUUUGAGGUUUGGUUGUUAAAAAAAGCGAUACCUUUUCCAAAGGAUAAAAAAAUCUUCGAUUUUAUAGUUAUAUAUAGAAGUACGUGUUUUCAGGAGUUUCAAGCAGAAAACUAUUCUGAUUUUUCAUAUUAAUUGUGAGAUUUUUUCAGAAGUCAACGAUUCGACUGCGUGCAGAACGACCCGCUGUUUCUUCUCAAUGGAAACAAUCCAAAUCGUUAGUUUAUUUGAAGUUUCAUUAUUUUAAGAAAACUUUCCAAUGUUCAUACCAGUGUAUCAAACAACGUUUAGUUGAGAUUAAAAUGAUUAAAGGUUUUUCCAAGUUUCAUGUAAUUUAGGGGCGACGCUGUGGUUUCUAUGCGAACCUUCAAUACUCCAAGUUUCAACGUUUCUGUGGCUGUUGUUUGUACAAACGCUCCAGAAAAAAACUCGUAGUUUCUCAGAAAAGGUUUAAAAAUUCUCCAUGAGUCCCAGAUUUUAUUUUUUCUUUUACAGAGAAGAAACCCUUCGUUUCAUUUGUGUUGUCGCUCAGAAAGAAUCAAAACUAGAACAAACCGAUCUUUCUUCUGAGGUUUAAGUUAUCUGAAGUUUUCAAACCGACAGAUUUUUUUUAGGUUAUCGAAAAGUUUUCUACUGUUCGUUCUCUAACAACACUCGAUUCGGAGCACAAAGACGGCUGGAAAAAAGUUUGCAAUUUGUUUCGAAAUGGCCAAAAACAUGAUUUUCUCAGCUUCACUCAACAUUUUUUUCAUUGGUUCCCUCGAAGGCUCCAGACGCCAUAAAUGGAGAUCGGGUCAAUGCAACCAAAUAUAUCAUAUUGAGUCACACGAAAGCUCUCACUCUGGAAGUCGGAGUUCCGCAGGAAACUGUAAAGGUUCAGAUUUCGCCUUCUUUUUUUUAUAAUACAUAUUUUCCAGAUCCUUGAACUGUCUGCUCGUCGCAAUGAACUUUGCUACAGUGGUCACUCUACUCUUCUCUAUCCAUCGAGGUAGUUUUUUUUUGCUAGUAUUGAAGCCUGGAAACAUUAAUAAAAGUGGUGAGCAGGUCAUUAGGGAAAACGAGUAAUCAAAAAAGGGCCCGUAAAAAUAUAUUUCAUAUUUUCUGUUUCGGAGUUCUAUUUUUUGUAUAUUUGCAAUAAUAAACUCCAAACUAGCAGGUCAAGUUCAUGGAAGAUUUCAAUCUCCAAAAUUUCGCUCUUCCAGGAACAAAAGAUCAAAACCUCUCUAUUUCUCUCAUUCUUUCUUUCUCUUUCUCUCUUGGUUUAACCGACUUCUGGCUGUUUUAUUGACUUUAAGGCUGCCGUUCUUAAAAAAAUGAGAAAAAAAACUCAGUUUUAAGCCAAUAAAUUCACAUUUUCAUUUUCUCAUUCAAAGGCUUUGGCAAGACUGGUCAACGCCUGAUGAUCUGAACACCAUUGCUGGACUUUGGCUGCUUACUUUGGAGAAACGUGGAUGUUCGAAUGUCCUCAAAACCGGGGCUGUGGGAGUGGCUCAGGUCUUUUCCCACAAAGAUCUUUAAUAAUUUCGAAAACUUCAGGCCUUUGUUCAGUCCCUGGCCGCCGCCUCUUUCCACGACUCCCACUUGGAAAUUGGCCUGGACGCUGGAGAUCUCCACAGAGAAAUGUCUUUUGGCGGAAUUCCCAUUGGAAGCGCUACUGGAACUGUUGGCAAUGUGGCGGUUUACAUAAAAAUCAACGAGGAGAAUAGGCCCUACUUUUUGGUAUUUUUUGUUACUAGAACAAUAAAGAAAAGGAAUAAUUUCAGGUUUCGUCUACAGCGCAAUUGUACGCUUGCGAUGCUGGCUGCUUGGAUGUUCCAUUCACUCUGGGGACUACGGCUAUCAAAAUACCUGUCAAGGUGUUUUAUCUCGAAAUAACGAUAUUUUAUCCUCGAUUUUCAGGUGACCAAGCCGAUCACUAGUCUUUUGUAUAUUGCUACCAACCGGAAACAUCUGGAGCAAUUGAAGUUGGUUUCCUUUUCUGUUUUUAGGAAUUAAUUUUUGGCUUCCGCUUAGCUUUACUUCUUCUUUUUCCCAAAAAUAUCAUUAAAUCCAUCAACAGUAUUUCAAAAAAACUUAGAAAGAUUCAACCCAUAUCGCUCAAUUUUUCGCGUUAUAUUUUUCCUCAUAAAUUUCAUUUUUUUCUUUUUUUAAUGCUAAAAAGUUUGAUUAGGUACUGUUUCCAUUCUAAAUCCAACGAUGGCUAGGGGUUUUUUUCAACGUUCAAAAUUGAUUUUUCUGUCACUUUUUCUAGUUUGAGAGAAUCAUAAGUAACCAUUAAAUCUACAAUCAUUGAUUGGAUCAAAGUUUAGGCAGAGAAUACAAAAUCUCAAGUUUAAUUUUGUGCAAAUUCUCUCAAAUCUCAAAGCAACCGCUAGUGUUGGGUGUCAACCAUUUCACGAGAAUAUUGCUCGUAAAAAUUGUGAUUUUUCAUUCGUAUAUCAUUCAGGUCGGCGAUCCACGUGUCGGAAGUUGGAGCGGCGCCAGCACACGAAGAAGACUUGCUGGAGCUGCACCGUUCUGGCACAGGCGGCGGUCUUCCGACCUCCUUCUGGGUGAUGCUCGUCCUCGUCCUCAUCGUCUUCCAUCUUUUCCUCGCCAAACUUCUCUGGAGCGAAUGGCGCAAAGGCGACAUGACUCCCUACAAUCCUUAUCUCAGAAGCCGCUACAGUUACGUCAGACCCCACUGA